GCUCCUUCGUUUUCCGAUUCGUACAACCACCGUGGUUUGGAUUUUUGAUUUGCGCGUUUUCGUUCUAAAUAAAGCGCACAUUCCGUGAUCGAAGUGUCGUGCUUGUCGUUCCAUCAGUUUUGCUACUGUCCUCUAAUAUCCUCCGAGGCUUUCAUUCUAGUUCCCUAUUCCAUCGCAUCCGAGACAGGAAAAUUUUCAGCGCUACUAGCAUACCCGAAAUCAAUCUUACAAGAGAUCGUUCGUGUAGAAGUAGUGGUUGCCGUAUAAAAAGAGCUUCUUUCACUUUCUGAUUCUGAGCACGUCGUCUUCUCGUUCUAGUAGCCACGGCAGCCUCUUACGUUAUCUGGUGCGUGCUACUUUCCUAGAACAUCUUCGAGUAAGUAGUUCGUUGCACAACUUCUCUCCUUACUGGCAAAUAAAUCACUGUCUUCAUGACCACCAUCACGACCAAAAGUUGUAAAGACCGCACCAACAUGCUACGCCCUACAGCACGAAAAACCACCGGCCUAGCCGCGCCGCUUUUGACGCUGGUGUUUUCCUCCAGCGGCCCAGGUGGUCAAGGUAGUACUUCUAACUACGUGCAGCAGGUCGCCGGCCACGCCCUGCUGGCUAUUCCAAUCAGCCGGAAUUACUGGUAUCAACAUCAGGACAACGAUAUGCCGGCCGACAUUGCGGUCGGGUCGCUAGCGGCUUCGGCGAACGGGUACCCAACGUCAGCGGAAAACCCGCAUAACUACUGUCCAAACUGCAUGGUGAGCUGCGGACCCGACGGCACGGAGGGGUAUCCGACCACGCAAAAAAACUUUGGCAUCUGCGGCGACCCCCGGCAGAACGCCGACGAGUGCGCGAUCAAAAAGGCGGACGGCACGGGAACCUGGGACUACACGGCAACCAAACGACAAACGCACUACUUCGAAAUGACGGCUUAUGGAAGCGUCCUCAGGUUUGAAAUCGUCAAAGUUGAAAUAGUUUGUCAUGCAUAAAAUACAGCCCACAGAGUGCCUGUCUUGCAGAGUAGGCAAGGGAGGCAGAUUGGAAGCCUGUUGAGGGGUAGAAACUGAGCUGCUAAAAUAGCAUGACAAAAAGCGUUUUCCUUACCCAAACAGCAUGACAAACUAGAUUUCGGCUCUAUUCAGAUUUGUCAUGCGCCAAUUGGAAACUGGUUCACAACUUUCAUCCAUUUUAUGCAUUGCAAGUUAUUUCAACUUUGUCGAUUUCAAUCCUGACACAUCCAUACGGCUCCCCAUUUUGCCCAGGUCGCCGGUAGUAACAUGGGGCCGAACCGCUUUGUCCAGGGUCUGCACUACGAGUUUGCGGUUGCCUAUGGGACCUGGCACGAUGGGCACUUUGAGUUCCGGCUCUGUGAUAAAAGUAUUGACUAUCUACAGAAAAUGUAUUUUAAUGUAUUCCCGUUGUACACGACGACCUUGUUGUACAACAUGAAAUCCGAAUUUUUAUGUGGCUUCUGGUGCUGCAUGACAAACUUUUCCUUCCAAAGGCCUCUUCAGCAUGACAAGUUGCAACUUGUUCGUCCAGGUUGUUGUUAAUGCAUUGCUUUUGCGUUUGUAGUACGUCGUUCUCGUUGUACACGGGAAUGAAUUUGUAAAUUGCAUAUUGACGCAAACGACAGCGAGAUGGGGCACCCCGACAACGCGUGGCGAUGCUUGCAUCAAGGGUGGAACCCGCUCGAGCGUGUGGAUCCGAAGGUCCGUCCGACUUGCUACAAGGAGGGGCAGUGGACCGACGCGGCCGCCCUCGACGCCGAUUGCCAGCCCCUCGUGGUGGGCCACGAGCACCGGUGGUAUUUACCCCCCCAGGAGCCCGGGCAGUACAAGUACAAAAACGACUGGGACGCCUCGUUGGCCGCACACCAGAGCCAGAGCUUUUUCCACUUUAUGUGGUACAAAAUCCCGAUGGAUUUUACCUGCGAGCAGUGCACCUUGGUGUGGCACUGGUGGACGGCCAACACCUGCACCCCGAACGGGCUGCCGGAGAACCCCCGUAGUGCGAACCAAAACCCGACCUACGCGGAGUACUUUGCCUCCGACGAGUUCACGGAAUACAACCAGGCUCGUGGGGACAAGGGCGUCCUCGGGACGGCGAACGAGUGGAGGUCGCAGCGCGACGACUGCGACGCCAACACGAAGCCGGAAGAGUUUGCGAACUGCGCGGACGUGAAAAUUGUUGAAAACAACGGCGAAGUGCCGACGCACGAGGGCUUGACCUCGCCGUUGCCCGUUCCUUCGCCCGUGGUGUCGAGCCCGGACUACGAAGACUACGGCGACGGGGCGACCUCAACCGGUGAUCAGGCGACAUCAUAUGCAUUGCAAAAGUGUCGUACGUGUACUAGCAUGAACAAUCACAUGACAAAUUUUUUCAAGAACAAAAAUGUAAUUUGUCACGCUGAGUAGAAAUGAGAAUCGGGUAGAAACAAGUUAGAUUUGUUUAUGCAUGCACGACUCGAGUUUGAGUUUGUACGAAUGCGAUACUUUUGCACAGGAUACGUCACCUGCCGGAACGCCAGCAGGGGGCGGGACAUCAACGACGGAGUCUCCUGGAGGUUCCGGCGUUAGUACCACGCCAGCGCCCACCCCUGGGAAUGCAGGGCCGACAACGAAGGGGCCCACCGGCUUUCCCCCGAACUUGGAAGCGCAACUAGGAGAAAACGGGCUUUUCCAGGAUUGGCCGACGGCAUGGCAUAUGCAAUGCAAAAGUAUCGCACUGACUCGCACUAGUUGCAAUCAACAUGCAUUCCAAAUCUCUUCAUGUUGAGCAUGAGCUCGUUGAGGUAAAAAAUCCGCAUUAAUACAUAAGAAUUCCAUUUCUCAUGUUAAGGAAAUUUGUCAUGCGAUUUCUGGUAUGAGUCCGAUAUUACUUUUGCGAUCCAUAUAGCACUCGGGGCAGAAGCAUGUGAAAGAUUACAUUCCCGCAGAGUACUACCAGUCCGCCGCGUCGUCCUUUAUCGAGAAGACGGCAGAUGACCACGGCACGACGGGGCGGGACAAAGAUGAGCAGGACCACGGGACGACGACGAGUAUUGCUACAACAUCGCUUGAUGCGUCGGAAGUAGAGCAGCAAACGGCUGUGGUGUGAACGCGGCGGAGAAGUUGAUGGGGAAGCAGGGGAUGAAAAAAGAAGAGAAUUUUUGUACCAGGAGCUCCAGCGCGAAACAAAGAAUUCCCAAAGCUGUUGCAAAUGAUGUUCUUUUUCACCUCACAUUUUUAUUUGGUUCUCGUCCGAGUGCGAGUUUCUAGGUAUUGCAUUUGUUUGAUGAUACCAUGCUCAAGAACAGUUCUUGUUGGUCCACCACCACCACAUUUGAUCCACGCACCACUCGAAUAGUGAAGGUCAAUCACUUCGCUUUCUAUUCGCUACGGCAAAAUUUUUUUUACCAGGAUUCCCAUUUUGUACUAAAAAACUCAUCGUAUUACAUUUCUCUGGCUACCCAUAGAAAACAGUUCUCGAAUAAUAUCAGUAUCACCCUUUAUUGAUGCCGUAUGAUUAUUUCUAAUUUUGCAUAUCAGCUGUCGUGAGUGAACAAGAGGUAACCCGUUGAACAAGACAAAUGACAGUUGUAUUUGUGUUGUGUCCUCGU